AUUGAGAACUUAUCUUGUAAACAAACCGCUUCCAACAACUUUCUCUCUGUAAUCAUUUCUCAUCGUCGUCUUCUUCCUCUUCUUCUCUCACACACACGAUCAAAGCUCAACCCAGAAAACCUCGCAAAGAUGAUGCACAUGACCUUUUAUUGGGGUAUAAAAGCUACAAUUCUCUUUGAUUUCUGGAAAACAGAUUCAUGGCUCAGUUACAUCCUCACCUUGCUCGCCUGCUUCGUCUUCGCCGCCUUCUACCAGUACCUUGAGAAUCGCCGCAUCCAAUUCAAAUCCCUUUCCUCCACCCGCCAUCCUCCUCCGCCUCGCUCCGGCGUAUCCGCGCCUCUUAUUCCCAAAUCGGGCACCAGAUCCGCCGCUAAAGCUGCGUCGGUGCUGCUUUUCGGCGUCAACGCGGCGAUCGGUUACUUGAUGAUGCUUGCGGCUAUGUCCUUCAACGGAGGCGUUUUCAUCGCUAUCGUCGUCGGGUUAACCGUCGGGUACUCUGUUUUCAGAUCUGACGACGGCGGAGCUGAUGCGGCGGCGGAGAAUCCAUGCGCAUGUGCUUGAUUGACAUCGAAGGUGGAUUUCAAUUUCAAAGGUGUGUUUGUUGCUUGCAAAUCGGUUUACAGUUUGUUGUUGUGUAUCUAUGACAAGUGUUGAUUUCUGUAUAAUUAGGUUUUCCUUCGCCGUAAACGGAUUAUAGAUCUAAAUGCGUUUCUGGGUUUGACGAUAAUGUAAACUAUCUAUAAUGGAAUCACCGAAAGUUGCAACUUUGAUCGUUUAAA